UAUUCUAUUUAGUCAGUAAGAGGGGUUUUCUCUCCCCCUUUUCUCUCUCUUUCUUGAGGAUCUUGUCUUCUACUCAAUAAUAUUCUGGAAUUUUCCAUAAAUCGUUAAAAAGGAUUCAAAAGAGAGAACGAAAAAGCCCAAAUACAUAUUAUAUGAAGAUCUAACACUUUGUUUUCUUGAGCUUUUUGCUUAAGGAAUAUUUGAUCGAAGAAAAAUGUCUCAAGCUAAUUGGGAAGCUGAUAAAAUGUUAGAUGUUUAUAUACAUGACUAUUUGGUAAAGAGGGAUUUAAAAGCCUCUGCUCAGGCAUUUCAAGCUGAAGGAAAAGUCUCAUCUGAUCCUGUUGCUAUCGAUGCCCCUGGUGGCUUUCUAUUCGAAUGGUGGUCUGUAUUUUGGGACAUAUUUAUUGCAAGAACUAAUGAGAAGCACUCAGAAGUUGCAGCUUCCUAUAUUGAGACACAGUUAAUCAAAGCAAGGGAGCAACAACAACAACAGCAACAACAACAACCACAACAAUCGCCUCAUCCACAACAACAACAACAACAGCAACAUCAACAAAUGCAAAUGCAACAACUUAUAUUGCAACGCCAGGCCCAACAAGCCCAACAGGCCCAACAACAACAACAACAACAACAACAACAACAACAACAACAACAACAACACCAACAACAGCAACAACAACAACACCAGCAACAACAACAACAACACCAACAACACCAACAACAACAACAACAAACAACAACAAAGGAGAGAUGGGGCCCACUUACUAAAUGGGGCUUCAAAUGGGCUUGUGGGAAAUGA